CUGCCCGCCCCACGCUGCGCACCGCCAUGACGGAACGGGCCGACUCCUUCAUCAAGGACUUCCUGGCGGGAGGCAUCACCGCUGCCAUCUCCAAAACGGCCGUCGCCCCGAUCGAGCGGAUCAAGUUGCUGCUGCAGGUGCAACAGGCCAGCAAGCAGAUCCCCGUGGACAAGCAGUACAAGGGGAUGAUGGACUGCAUCCUGCGCAUCCCCAAGGAGCAGGGCGUGCUGUCCUUCUGGCGAGGCAACCUGGCCAACGUCAUCUACUACUUCCCCACGCAGGCCCUCAACUUCGCCUUCAAUGACAGGUACAAGCAGGUGUUCCUGGGGGGCGUGGACAAGCGCACGCAGUUCUGGAGGUAUUUCGCUGGCAGCCUGGCCUCGGGUGGGGCGGCGGGGGUCACCUCCCUCUGCGUUGUCUACCCCCUGGAUUUCGCCAGAACCCGGCUGGCGGCCGACGUGGGGAAAUCUGAGGCCGAGCGGGAGUUCAAGGGCCUGGGAGACUGUCUGGUGAAGAUCAGCAAGUCUGACGGCAUCCGGGGCCUGUACAAGGGCUUCAACAUCUCCGUGUACAGCAUCGUCAUCUACCGGGCUGCCUACUUCGGUCUGUACAACACGGCCAAAGGCAUGCUCCCCGAGCGCAUGGACACGCACAUCAUGGUGAGCUGGGUGAUCGCCCAGCUGGUGACAGCGGUGGCCGGCUUUGUCUCCUACCCCUUCGACACGGUGAGGCGGCGGAUGAUGAUGCAGUCAGGGCGCAAAGGAGCCGAUAUCAUGUACAGGGGGGCCAUCCACUGCGGGCAGAAGACCUUUAAGGAGGAGGGGUUCAAGGCCUUCUACAAGGGCGCCUGGUGCAACGUCCUCAGGGGCAUAGGCGGGGGCUUUGUUCUGGUCCUGUACGACGAGGUGAAGAAAAUCAUCUAG